AUGACUUCGAAUGAUCAAUACAAUGAUUUCGUUCCUCCACCUACUGAAUUUCAUCCAGCCCUUUCCGUCACCAACAUCAAGAACUGUAUACCUCUAAUUCUUGAUCGAAAUUCCGCCAAAUACUCAAAUUGGGAGGAACUAUUCGAGGUUCACGCUCACGCAUACAAUGUGCUCGACCAUAUUAGCUCCAAAACGCCUCGUCCAACCGGGAUUUCAGACUCCCUAUGCCAACGGCUUGACUCCAUUGUUAAGCAGUGGAUCUACGGCACAAUCUCAACCGAUCUUCUUGACACGGUUCUUUGUAAGGAUUGCCAUCUUUCGUCGUUCUCGGAUGUCUCUUCCUACUGCAAACAGCUCAAGUGCCUCAAAGAUCAACUUGCGAGCGUUGAUCACCCGAAUUCUGAGAAGGUGUUCGUGAUGCGUCUUAUAGCCGGCCACCGCAAUACUGACUUUGACAUCGUGGCUGCGAUUUUGGCUCAAACUGAACCACUACCAAGCUUUGAAAUAGCGAGGUCUCGUCUUCUUCUUGAGGAAACGAGGUGCUCCAAUGAUCAAUCCAAUUCGGCUCAACCUUUCAUUGCACAACAAUCGGAUUCGGCAUCCUCUGGUCAAUCGCACCAAUCUUUGACGUCUGCAAGCAACUCCGGCGGCGGCGGCUCCGGUGGUCGUGGCUCUGGUCGCGGCUAG